UAUCAGAAGGGUUCAUACUGAUUGCAGCGAUCUUUUGAAGAUGAGGAUGAUGACGGUACAUGAUUCGAGGAUAGCUGAUAAGAUAGAGGAGAUGGUUGGCAUGAAAAGGACUAGAAUCUCUGUCCAGCCUAUUACCACCACCGGGCCGUCGUCAUUGGUGAUGAAGGACGUGACGUAUUGUGUACAUAGACGUAUUGGUCCCUGGUGGAAAGGGUUGUGCUGCAGGUCAAAACAACUGAAAAACGUCCUCAAAAAUAUCGACCUCCACUUUGGAGAGGAACUCACGGCGAUUUUAGGAAGUUCAGGUGCCGGUAAAUCGUCUUUGCUGGACGUCAUUUCGUCGCGAAUUGAUGGCAAGUUAUCAGGAGCUGUGGUCUACAAUGGUCAACCUUGCACCGAAAGUAACAUCCAGCAACACAUUGCUUACGUCAUCCAGUACGAUCGUCUGCUUCCGAACCUGACAGUCAGAGAGACACUAACAUACGCUGCAUACCUUCGCAUGCCAGGCGACUCUUCAAAGGAACAGGUGGAAGAGAAGGUUGAGCAGAUAAUGCAUCAGAUGGGUCUGUUCUCUGUCGCUGAUUCGAAGAUCGGUGGAUCCGUAAUCAGGGGUAUAUCUGGAGGAGAGAAGCGGCGUGUGACCAUCGGUGUACAACUACUGAACGACACCAAAGUACUUCUGUUGGAUGAGCCUACGACCGGACUCGACAGUUGUACGGCUAAAGCCUUGAUGAACAGACUGCGGACAAUUGCAGAGUCCGGAACUUUAGUAGCGGUUACUGUUCAUCAGCCUGGGUCAGAUCUUUUCAAACUCUUUCACAAGGUCUGUCUUUUGAGUGACGGCCUCUUGGCAUUCGCUGGAACUCCGAGCGAGAUGUUGAAAUUCUACACCAAAGAAGGCUAUCCUUGUCCACAAUUUAGUAAUCCACUCGACUUCUACGUUGACCUGGUGAGCGUUGACAGGCGAGACAAGACACGACAGCAGAACACUGAGGUUGUUCUGAAUCGGUUAGUGACUCGAUUCCUGUCGUCCCCCGAACAUGCCUCCUUGCACAAAACAGUGUAUGAGGACAACUCUCAUACUGGUCGUUGGAAUAACACUUCUGUCAGCGGUCCUGGUCCGUUUCGGAUAAUGGCAACACUCCUGAAACGGAUGACGGUGAAUAUGUUCCGGGACCGAUCAUCCUAUUGUACACGCUUGUUUGUACUGAGUCUGUUCAUCCCUUUCAUCUGCGUCUUUCUUGGACGACUGAGGUUUGAUCAAAAGAGCAUUCAGGACAGAGUCGGCCUCAUGUACCAAACUCUUAUUGUUCCUGCGUACGUGGGUGCCUUCAACACGGCCUUUCUUUUUCCAUCUUUAAGAGACGUUUACUUCCGGGAGCACAAGGACGGUCUGUACUCGCCAUUGACAUUCAUCUCCGCCUACAUGAUGCACGCAGUACCAUUCCAUUUAAUUGCCUCUAUCAUAUUCAGCACAAUUAUUUACUGGGUUACGGGCCUGAAGCCAACCCCAGACAAGUUCUUUGUCUAUUUGUUCCUGGUUUUCUUCCUUCACGUGAUAGGUGAAAUUAUGGCUGUGGGUGCAAUGGCAGUGUUUAAGAAUGGCCAAAUGGCUGUCAAUAGCGUUACACUCAUUUUAACCGCCUCGUUCCUAUUUGGCUCUGGGCUUCUGAGGUAUGUAAGUGUAUCAAUUGCUGUAGUUAAUGAAUAAAAAAAAAUCCACCCUGAACUACUUAGUGUAUAUACAUGCAGCAGAUAUUUAUACCAUUUUUAUGCACUG